AGCCAUUCACCUGUAAUAAACGUUGCGUUUACUGGUGACGUAAUCGCCUACGUCCGAAUUGUCUUCUUAGGCACGAGUUAUUUGCUAACUGAACUACACAACUAAAUGUUUCUUCAACGCGUCAAGUUUCGAACUCUCUGCGCAUGCUAAUGGGGAUACGUAACUUCUUACACAAGACUUCAUUUGGAAAAUAUGCUAUUUAAUGUCGCCUCGCUUAAAGAGAACAGACAAGACGUACUGUCGCAUAAAUACGACUUUUCACGAAUGUGGUAAAGAUACUCGUUAAUUCGGGAUACACAAAAACGUGUUGGCGGACAAGCAGGAAUCUAUUGUACGAGCGUCCACUUGUCGUACUCAGGGGCAAGGGUCUCUACAUAAUAAUACAGAGCUACUCCUAUGAUGAAACAUUUGUACCUGAGCAUAUAGCAGGGCUCCCACGCACAGGGCAGGAGGGGUCGCUGAAUGCCUGAAGAAAAUUAAGACUUGCAGUGGCAGAUGCAGCAGUGUGGCCCUUCAUCUCCCAGCUGCUCCACCUCUGACUGCUUCCCCCUCGGUACCCUCAAUACAGCUGCAUGUGGAAGUGAGACUUCGGCUGAACCGCAGAAACGCGAACCUGCAGGUCUCUUCAGGAUGAGACCCAUCGUGAUCUUCUAUGGAUUCUACCUGCUGUGCUUUGGCCUGGGUGUGGCCUGCGUGGUGUGCGUGUGCCUGUGGAACAGCAAGUGGCGCGGCGGUUUUGCUUGGGACGGCUCGUCGCUUCAGUUCAACUGGCACCCCGUCCUGAUGGUGACGGGUCUGGUGGUGGUGUAUGGCAACGGAGCUGUGUUGUACCGCAUCCCUCUGACCUGGGGUCAGAAUAAACUCCCGUGGAAGCUCCUUCAUGCGGCACUGAUGCUCCUCGCCCUGGUGCUGUCGAUCGUGGGGCUCUGUGCUGUGUUUGACUUCCACAACGCCCAAAAGACACCCAACCUCUACUCCAUACACAGCUGGAUCGGAAUCGCAGCAACAGCUCUUUUCGCAAUGCAGUGGGUGGCGGGUAUGGCGGGUUUCCUCCUUCCCUGCUCCCCCGUAUCUUUACGUAAACGCCUGAAACCCAUGCAUGUGUGGUUGGGAGGUAGCAUACUGACGCUCAGCAUUGCUGCCUGCAUCUCUGGCAUCAACGAGAAACUCUUCUUUGUUCUGAAAGGAAUCAAUAUGACUCAGCCAUACUCUGCCCUUCCACCUGAGGCUUUGUUGGGAAAUUCAUUAGGGGUUUUGAUCGUAGCCUUUGGCCUGGUUGUCCUCAAGAUUCUGUCCACCCGAGAAUGGCAGAGACCAGACUCCAGGCCUGAGGAUAUGGCCUACACGCCUUUGCUUCAAGAAGAAAAUGAAUGAAGGGGAACUUCAGAGCUGGUCCCUGAAUUACUGCAAAAUCAGUUCAGCUGUCACAAGUGGCCAAAACAUCUCUGUCCUGAGUGUUGAAGCAGCUGCCUGUAGUGUGUGAGCACUAUCUGUUGGUUUUUAGUUGUAAAUAUUUAUUCAAAAUUAUAUUUAAGAUUGCCUUUCUGCCCAAAGAAUAAAAAGUAUUUGUCAUCAAA